GAAACAAUCAAUUUUCAAUUCAUAAUCAUAAUCUACUGUGCUAAUAAAUUUCAAAUUAUCCGAAAUCACAAUACCUAUCCAAUAAUUAUUCUUCUUCCUCCUUUUCCAGCAAUGAAUCUCCAAUUUUCUCCACUUCAAUCCAACAAAUUCUCUCUCUCGUAUAUACGCAACGCAUAAAUGCCAGCUUUAAACCAUAAAUAAAUUUCAAACUUCAAUCCAUUGAUUCUCAACCCUCAAAUUUCCUCCCAAUUCCGCGGUAUGACGCUCCUCAUUCACUCGCCGGGAAUUUCAUUGUUCACCGGAAGUGGACAGCCUGGCAGAAUCACUCCGGCUAUCAGAAGAAGAAACCUCAAUUUUUCGGUCUGUUCUGGCGUUAAGGAUUUAGAGAAGAAAGAGGCUUCGGAAUUAAGGAGGGGCGGCAAUGGAUACGAGGAUUGUUUGCUGUGGCUGUACGGGCAGGUGAAGCAGGACGAGACGGUGUCGUUCUCGGUGAGCGAGACCAAGGAUGAGGAAGGGAGGAAGCAGGACUAUUAUGUGAAUGCGGGUUACGCGAUUCGAACUAUCCGAGAAGAGUUUCCGGAGCUUUUCUACCGAGAGCUAAGCUUUGAUAUAUACAGGGAUGACAUUGUCUUCAAGGAUCCCCUCAACACCUUUUCUGGCAUUGAGAAUUACAAGUCGAUCUUCUGGGCUCUAAGACUUAACGGAAGGAUUUUCUUCAAGGCCCUGUGGGUCGACAUUGUAAGCGUAUGGCAGCCUGUGGAGAACCUGAUAAUGGUCCGUUGGACUGUCCAUGGCAUCCCACGAGUACCGUGGGAGAGCCAUAGCAGAUUUGAUGGUACCUCAGAGUACAAGCUUGAUAAGGACGGGAAGAUUUAUAAGCACAAAGUUCACAACAUUGCCUUGAAUGGACCUCAGAAGUUUCAAGUAAUUGGUGUGGAGCAGUUGAUUCAAUCAAUAGGUUGCCCCUCCACCCCAAAGCCUACUUAUUUUAAACUCCUAUCUCCUUCAGAGACAAAUAUUGUGCCCCAUGUGAAAUUGUCUGCUGUUAAAUGCUACUUAGCUUCUCUUCUAACCAGACUUAAAUCUGAGGUCAAGUCAUGAUGUACACUACACAGUACCCUCUGGUCCGAGCAUUGCAACCGGGGGGUGCUUGUUUGAUGUGUGCUCUUCAAGAUUUUCUCCUCGUCAAUAUUGAAUUUUGUGGAACUGCACAUUGUUAAUAGGGACUCGAGUUAGUGCAGUGUAAUUGUAUUAUCUGUAUAGCUUCACCCUCAAGUAUAUAAUGACUACCUACCAGUGUGUUUUGCCAAAGUUUGUACAUAGUUUCCGAGCUUGGAUAAUUGUAUCUCAGGGUACUAUCAUUUUCCUCAGCUGAAUUCUGGAUAUAA